GCAUCUUAGCAACCAACCACUUUAUUCAACACUGUCAAUAUUUGAAAACCACCCAUUAGGUUGAUGACAUUACUCAGCUUAAACACAGGAACAUCUGCUGUCAAAUUAAAGGCAGAAACGUGCUGAAACUCCCUGAGACUCUCAAUUUAUCAUCCAGAAGAUGAUGGCUUCUUCACUGGAAAUUCAGUUUAAGCAUAAAUUUGCAAUCAACCUUUACAUCAUUUGUAUUUCACUUGGAAUCAUUUCCUCGAUAUGUUGUGGUUGCUCUGACGAUGAAUGUCGCAACAUCAUAUUCAAGGAACCAGUUGCAAACAAGGCAAUGAAGAACCACGUGAUUAAGAGUGAGGAGGUGCCCAGUGAAGGCAGCUGUCGCUUGAUGUGCUAUAUGGAGCCCAAUUGUGUGUCCAUCAAUUUAGGAUCACUGGAGGAAGGAAAACACAAAUGCGAGUUGAACAACGCUACAGAUGAAAAACAGUUUGCAAAUUCUCUUGUAAAUAAACCGGCUUUUACCUAUCUUGCUAUCGAGAAUCUCUGUAGCAGCAGCCCAUGUUUGAACAAUGCAACCUGUCAAGCUGGAUUCACCAGUAAAGGAUAUCGUUGUAUCUGUCACCCUGGAUUCACAGGAACGAACUGUCGUAAAGGUAAAUUGAAAUAAUUAAAAAAUUAAAAAAAAAUUAAAAAAAUAAUAAAAUAAUGACUUAACUAAAAUACAAUAGAUAAAUUAAUUAAUCCAUUUAACACACAGGGGAAGAUCUUAUGAACUUUCCGUUUUCCAAAAUAUAUUGUCCUUUCUCAUCCAGUUACGUUUGUGAGGUGAACACCGAUUGCACGGCAAACUUCAGCUCUUU